AUGGACAUUGUGCACUUCUUGGAACUGCCCGUGGAUAUACGAAGCGCAGUUUACUAUCAUUUAGAUGGCCAAUUCACAAAUGUCAAACCCGAUGACCCAGAUCUCUUGUCAAAUGUCUUUAAGGCUAUGAAGUCUACCGGUGACUUGAGCUUAGACAAGAAGAGGCUGCUCAGGAAGCUAUACCCCAGGUACAAACCGUACUUAGAGAUGUUCGAAUACGAUCCAGAACUCAUUGUCACCUGGUUGCAAUACUCAUCCUGGUUAAGAUACGAUGCUGUUAUCUUAGACUGUCUUCGGUUGAACCAUUCGUUGGAUGCAGGUAUUAUGGGACCAUUCGACUGGAUCUACAUGGGCGAGGAUACUCUCAAGAUUGGUUACUUCCAACGUACCGGGUUCUUGCUUCAGGUUUGGUACUCGAAAUUGGAGUACACGAGAUGGAUAGUUGAAAGCGAGAAAACGGUCGGGGAAUAUAACCCAGAGAUUGAAUACUUACGGUUCAACAUGGAUUACAUUAGUCCUACUAUGAGGAAAGGUAUAAUGAGCUUGCUGCAUAAGAAAAAUGAGUAUUCGAGUAUCUACGAGGUAUGGUUCGGUGAUGAUUCAAACAGUUCUGAUCAGUUAGAGGAGAAAUUCUCUUUGAUGGAUGAUGCAGAUGCCAAUUUAGGGAACCGAGAAAGUUCCGCGGACGGACCAACUCGAUCGUCCUUGAUCUUCGACGACGUUGCGGACACGCCUAACCCUCCCAAGCGGCGUAAGCGCGGGAGACCUCCCAAAAAUAAUGUUCCUGUGAUAUCAUUGAAGAAAGAAAUGCCCAAAACCACACCAUUGAUGAAGGAAAUUAUUAAAAGGACUCUACCAAUGAAAAAUUUACGUAAGAUAACGAGUAGAGGAUACAACUUUUAUGAGGUGCUCAUAAAUGGACACGGUGUAAAGGAAAGAUCAGGAUCAUGUCUAAAUUAUUUGGUCCGAAGGCGAAUUCUCUUGUUAGAGUUAUUACAGGUGCCUGACCUAUCAAAGACAUGUGUCCCCGAUUUCUCCAAGUGGGAUAACUUGGAAACUUUGGUAUUGAAUAACAUUGGUUGCGUACGCUUGGAGGAAAUCAUUUUACCCCCAAAGUGCAGCACAAUUUCAGUAAAGAACUGCCCUCAAGUGAUAUGGUGGGAUAUGAAGAGUGAAUUAAAUAAUGUUAUCAAGUCUCUGGACAGACUUUUAACAAAAGUCUGCCCAGAUACAAUGGGACGGUGCUCUGCAACAGAAUGCAAACACGAUGGUACUUUUAAACGAAUAACUACGGAUAAUCCGGGUCUACUAUACCAAGCCCGGAAAGUAUUCUGGGAUAGAGUCCCCUUUAUUACACGAUUAAAUUUUGAAAACAUCGCCAGCUUCAACAAAACUACAAUUGUUCUACCUAGAACGUUAUAUUUUGAUCACAGAGCCAAAUUUUUCACUUGUAGAGGCAUUGAAGAGGUCAUACUGCUAUGA